CUCGCGUUGAGUAGCGAUUGACUUUAAUUUUUAUCAACAUGGCUCAACUCGUACAACUGCUCUUGGGCCUCGCUUUUUGUGCGUCGGUUGGCCAUGCUCAAAAUGAUCCAAAAUCUCCAUUUGACGCUCAAGCCGACGCCGAAUAUCUGCACAAAGCACUGAAUUCGAAUCAACAACAGUCCUAUCAAUCGAACAUCACAUCCAUUCUGUCGCGACGCAGGCUCCAACAAAGGCUCCAAAUUGCGGAAAAAUACAAAUCGAGUUUCGGAAAGAACCUGGCAGACGAUGUAACAAAUUAUGCAGAAAACUGUCUAUUUUGUUCCUCGUUCAGGCGCAUGGGCGAGCUUAUGUUUAGUCCUCUUCCCGUGCAGUACAGCCAUCAUCUAAGUAAAGCCAUGGUUGGCCUGGGGACGACCGAGUCGGUGCUCACCGAGAUACUUUGCGGCAGCCAAAACGCCAUGAUCAGAAACAUCACCCAGGCGUACGCCGAGAGGUAUGACGGCAGGAGCUUACUGGCCGAUCUAGAGGACGACACUUCGGGCAAUCUGAGGAGUCUGUUGGUGCUGUUGAUGCAGGCGAACCGCUCCGAGUCAAACGUGACCGUCUAUCAGGAUGUGACGAACGACUGGUUGGCGCUGUACAACAACGGUGACAUCAACUGGCGGAAAAACUCCAGCAGGCUGAAUGAGGUGCUGGCGCGGCGCGACAAUCAGCAAAUCCGCUGGACUUUCGACGAGCUGGCCCAAAAGACCGGAAAGGACUUUAAAGAAAUUUUCAAUGAACAAUUCAAUUUUGGUACCAAAAACGGAUAUAUCACGUGCGUGCGCGUGAUUCAAGAACCUGAGGAAUACUUUGCUGAUGUUUUGAACGAUGCAAUCAAUGGUUUGGGUACUAGCGAAGAUGACUUGGUCCGUGUUAUUUUGACUAGAUCGGAUAUGGAUGACCUGGAUAUCAUCUCGCAAGUGUACAAGCGGAAAUACGGACGCAGAGUCGUUGACGACUUUAAGGGAAACACCGGAAGUACCUACAAGAAAAUGCUGAUUGCUUUUUUCGAGGAUAUUUGACUCUAAAAUGAAGGGUCAAAAA